AUGAGCGAGAAGGUACAGUCUACCAUUGGUUACAGCGAGAAGGUACAGUCUACCAUUGGUUACAGCGAGAAGGUACAGUCUACCAUUGGUUACAGCGAGAAGGUACAGUCUACCAUUGGUUACAGCGAGAAGGUACAGUCUACCAUUGGUUACAGCGAGAAGGUACAGUCUACCAUUGGUUACAGCGAGAAGGUACAGUCUACCAUUGGUUACAGCGAGAAGGUACAGUCUACCAUUGGUUACAGCGAGAAGGUACAGUCUACCAUUGGUUACAGCGAGAAGGUACAGUCUACCAUUGGUUACAGCGAGAAGGUACAGUCUACCAUUGGUUACAGCGAGAAGGUACAGUCUACCAUUGGUUACAGCGAGAAGGUACAGUCUACCAUUGGUUACAGCGAGAAGGUACAGUCUACCAUUGGUUACAGCGAGAAGGUACAGUCUACCAUUGGUUACAGCGAGAAGGUACAGUCUACCAUUGGUUACAGCGAGAAGGUACAGUCUACCAUUGGUUACAGCGAGAAGGUACAGUCUACCAUUGGUUACAGCGAGAAGGUACAGUCUACCAUUGGUUACAGCGAGAAGGUACAGUCUACCAUUGGUUACAGCGAGAAGGUACAGUCUACCAUUGGUUACAGCGAGAAGGUACAGUCUACCAUUGGUUACAGCGAGAAGACAGCCUUUCCUUGGCUGUCGAACCCCAUCUAUCCGGAGCAGCGGGUUGAAAGGCGCCAGGGCCACGAGGACGAGGACCUUGGUGCUGCUACUCCUGCAGCAGGCUGGGAGGCUUGCUGA